AUGGUUCACAUCAUUAUAUGCUUCCCUUCAUCUAUCACUUUCUCUCUUCUGGGCAGAGCCGCAACAGUUCAAGCAGUCUCUGACAUUUACAGUAGAACAACUAUUGAUGGAAGAAGAUUGUUUAUGAGAAGUGGAUCCGCAUGGAUUAAGCUUCUUCAUACAACUUUCUGGGAACUUCUCAUAGUUUUUGGCCUACUUGGAAUUUUCAUUCUCAGUCUUGCAAUAAUGCCAAAGAUAUUUCAUACAUUUGGUAUUUGUUCAGAAAUAUUUGGAUUCUGGGGUGUCCUUGGAGUCUUAGGGAUACCCUGCUGCGUGGCAUUUGCACAUGUUAUGGCUGUGGGGAAUCUAGCAAGAGUUCUAUCAGUACUAGAGGGAGAGUGUUAUGGAUUUGAGUCACUGUUGAAGGCCAAGACUCUCAUGGAAGGAAGGCGACAAACAGCUCUGGUCAUGGCUUUGUUGAGUAAUGUAGGUUUUAGACUAGUUGAGUGUGUGUUCGAGUUUAGACUGUGUAAGGGGAUUAAUUUAUGGGAAGGUCCUAUGUUGGUUUCGAUGUAUUCUUCAGUGCUUGUUUUUGACACGGUCAUGAAUGUCGUAUUCUAUUAUUCAUGUAAAUCUUUUGAUGAUCAAUAA